CAUGUUGCUGAGGAAACACAGGGUGGCAAAUUCAGGAAUUUGUGUACUAAGAAGCUACCGCAAGCGACUGAGACAUGUAAACUAAAGGCGGAUUUUCUUGAUGUUGGCCUACAGGAGUUAGGCAAGAUAUACAGAAAUGGGGAAGCGAGAUAACAGAGUGGCUUACGUAAACCCGAUAGCUGCUGCCAGAGCCCGAGGACCUGCACCCAGCUCUGGUCCCACCAUUCAGGAUUAUCUCAGCAGACCAAGACCAUCAUGGGAGGAGGUAAAAGAACAGCUGGAAAAGAAAAAGAAGGGCUCCAGAGCCCUGGCUGAUUUUGAGGACAAAAUGAAUGAGCGGUGGAAGAAGGAAUUGGAGAAAAACAGAGAGAAAGUACUGGGUGCAGGUGACAAGAAAGAAAAAGAGAAAGAAAAGGAGAAGGACAAGAAAGAGAAAAAGAAGAAGGAGAGAAAAAAGUCCAGCAGGCAUUCCUCAUCUUCCUCUUCCUCAUCGAGUUCUGAUUCCUCUUCCAGUUCCUCCUCAGAAUCUGAAGAUAAUGUAAGUCAUGAUGAUGAGAAGAAAACCAUGAAAAAGAAGAAAAAGAGGAAAAAAUCAUCCAGGAAACCAUCUGAUGAGUUUGAAUCAGAGUCAGAAACUGAUAGCAGGGAGUCAUCCAAGAAAAAGAGGAAGAAACUCAGGGAGGAUGGAGAGAAAGAUAAGGAUGAAAAAGACAGUCGAAGGAAGAGGAAAGCUGAGAAGAGUCACUCUGGGUCCUCCGAUGAACCCUCAGAUAUAGACAGAGAUGCUGAGUCCAAAAAGAAGAAACUCGGUAGUGAAGAAAAGGAGAAAAUUACAGACAAAUCCAAGAAGAAAAAGAAAAAGAAGAAGCAUAAGAAGCACAGCAAAAAGAAAAAGAAGACUUCUGGAUCCGAGUUGGACUAAAGGGCUUGUGUGGGGUUCUGCACACCAGGCAGCUGGAAUACUGAGUGGGAAUAGAGACGGAAUUCUUGCCAGACUGUGGGGAAAACCCAUUAGAUAUCUGUACAAGUGACUCUUAAAGCGUGUGCUUCUUAGCACCGUGUGGCUGUGUGGCCAACCUGGAUGAGAGGAUCAUGUGGAGGGGGAGUUGAAAGGGGGCAUGGGGUUCAUUAGGGCAGGUUUGUGUGUGUGUGUGUGUGUGUGUGUGUGUGUGUGUGUGUGUGUGUGUGUGUGUGUUUUUUUUUUUUUUUAAGCAGAUGAUUCUCAGUCCAAAUA